CACUCAUCUCGUCUGUGCAACUAAUCGCAGCCUUUGCCACAAGUGCCCAACAUGGUAAGCCACAAUGCUUAUCAACGGCCACCCUAGCUCACUUCACUCACAUCACUUCCCUCCACUCACCACGCAAAACAGGCCCCAAAGACCCAACCGCCAGCCGCAAAGCAAGCCAUCAUCCUCAAAUGGUUCCGCAACUCCUGCGUAGCGCACUCCAUCAAAGACCUCGAAAAGGCCCUCCCCUCCGUCGCCUCAAUCAACGGCAUGGCCGUCAAGGACUACCUCCAAGCCCUCGCCGACGAGAACCAGAUCCACGUGGAGAAGAUCGGCAGCGGGAAUUGGUACUGGAGCUUUCCCUCGGAGGAGAGGAAGCUAAAGGAAGCCCAGCUCGACGUUGCGCGCGACGAGUUUGAGAGGGCUGAGACUUCGGUGCAGGAAUUACAGGCAAAGGUUGACGAAGCCAGUGAGGCGAGAGAGGAUGACGGCGCGGACGGAAUGGAUAGAGGAGAGCUUAUGGAGAGGAGUGAAGGGUUGAAGAGAGAGGUGGAGCAGCUGAAGAAGGAGUUGAUGGGCUACAGCCAGAAUGACCCGGUUGAGAUGGAAAGAAAGAGAGGGCGAGUGGAGGCUUGUAAGGGGAGGGUGGAAUCUACGACUGAUCAUAUCUUGAGCAUGGAAGGCUGGCUGAAGGCACAAUGCGGGGGAUCAGGAGAGGGGUUUGUGGGGAUGCUCGAGCAGAGCUAUGGAGAUGAGUUUGAUGAUGAGAGCGGCAGCUUGAGGGAACUGUGAAAGCCAGAUCGAAGAGCUUCGUGUUCGUACUUCUGGGGACGAUGCACCUGAGCGGCGUAGGGGGCUGCGAUGUGAAUGAAGCUGUCGUGGAAUUGUAGCUCACCAAUAUAGCUCGAUGGUGUACGCAUUUGGUACGACCACGCAGGGCAUGAGGAGAGAACUGCCAACAUGUCGUAGUCACCGGAGUCCAACACAUAUGGCAAAAGGGGUGAUGGGUGUUGGUGACAGUCUCUUGGACUUGUCAGUGCUGCCCAGAUCAGAUCAGAUCCAUGGAUCCAUGGAUCCGGAUGGCGGUGGAUGGCCUGAGUCACUCACUAGCCUCACCCACAGAACCGCCACAGCACAAACGCAC